AUGCCAAACGAUUCGAUUGAAAUUAAAACUAUCUGUUCAGAUGUAGAGAAUUCCCAAUUCACUCUGACCGUAAAUAAUGAAGAAGAAAAUAAUUCUGAUGAUAACAUUAACAGCAAGACGCGUACAAGAAUAAACAAUCCAAUUAAUUCAACCAUAUCGUCUGAUUCAACUCUUUCCUCCACUUCCACCUCUACGAUCACAAAUAAUAACACUAGCAAUAUCCCCACUUCACAACACAGUGACACCAUCUCAAAUAAUAUUCGUUCUCGUUAUAUUCAUAAUUAUCACCAAUUGCCUAGAAUCAAAAUCUUAGGGACAGGUGGUACUAUUGCAUCCAAAGGUGGCUCUUCCUCGGCCACCGCCGGCUAUCACGUAGAUCUGACUAUUCAAGACAUGUUGGAUGCUAUCCCCGAUAUCUCCCAGAUUUGCGAAAUUGAAUACGAACAACUAUGCAAUGUUGAUUCAAAGGACAUCUCUGAGUCCCAACUUCUCUCAAUCUAUAAUGGUAUAUCAUCUGCCUUGCAAAAAUUCGAUGGUAUAGUCAUCACUCAUGGUACAGAUACGUUGUCGGAGACUGCAUUCUUUAUUGAAUCCACUAUAGACUCAGGCGAUGUCCCCAUUGUUUUUGUUGGUUCCAUGAGACCCUCCACAAGUGUCUCUGCUGACGGCCCAAUGAAUCUCUAUCAAGCUAUCUGUAUCGCUUCCAGUUGGAAAUCUAAAGGUCGUGGUGUCUUGGUCUCCUUGAAUGAUCAGAUCUCUGCGGGUUACUAUAUCACAAAGACUAACGCCAACUCUCUUGAUUCCUUCAACGUUAGACAGGGUUAUUUGGGGAACUUUGUUAAUAACGAAAUCCAUUAUUAUUAUCCUCCUGUUAAGCCACAGGGAGUACACAAAUUUAAAUUGAAACUGAAUCAUGACAACAAGGAUAAGUAUAAUGGUAACAAAUUACCUCUUGUAUGUAUCUUAUAUGGACACCAAACUAUGGACCCUGGAAUUAUUGAUUUGGUCAAAGAUCAUUAUGAUGGGAUCGUUAUUGCUACUAUGGGUGCAGGCUCAUUACCUGAUGAAGUCAAUGACAAGUGUGUUUCUUUAUUUAAUAAACCAAUUGUUUACUCUAAAAGAUCGAUGGAUGGGAUGAUUCCUAUUGCUAAUUUACCAAAAAAUGGCAAUAAUGUAAUUGCUUCUGGGUAUUUAAAUCCAGAAAAAUCAAGAAUCUUAUUGCAACUAUGUCUUUUGUCCAAUUAUUCACUUGAUGAAAUUAAAUGUGUAUUCAAUGGCGUUUAUGGUGGUUAA